AAUUUUCAAAUUCUUUACUUACUUUCUUUACACUUCACCCUGUUGUCUCCUUUGGUUUUCUGAUAAAUUUAUUUUUGAUGAGGUAAUGAAUAAUCACAUCAAUGUUCAUGGAGAAUGAAGAUGGUCAAUCAUGGAGUUCUGCUCCUAUCUACCAGUCUCAAUGGCUUCAAACAACCAUAUCAGAUUUGGACGAGAAAUUGGGAGCCAUGAAGACUAUUUUAGAAGAUGUCAAUUCUCCAAACCAAGAACACGUGUACUGCGAUUGGAGAGAAGACCUCGUACAGAUGCUUGAGGAAUUUGGCCGAUCAUACCGUGUUAUAGCCUUAGCUUAUAACCAACUAAAGUCUAAAACAUCUCAUGGUUCCUUUCAUUCAGGAUCUUUAUCAUCUUCUGCUACAUCAAAAACCAUAUGUGCUAGCUGCACCAGAAGAGCAACAUGUAACUUUGAGAAUAAGAAACCCAGAAAGGGUUAUAAUAGCCAUAUGAAAUCUCUCUUGAAGCAUUCAGAUGUCAAAUCUAAUGGCACUAAUUUAGAUUUUGAGAUAUUAAAGAAGAAAGAUGAUGUAUUUCCAUCUAACCCUUGCAGCCGGAAAUUAGAAUCAGAAUUUGAGUGCCUUGACAUUCAACUUGAAGAUAGAAUGACAGAUUUUUCCACCAAUGAAAAUAUUUUAAUGAAGAUUGAGGAUAUGGAAUUAAAACAGGGAACUGAAGACCCAUUAGUAAUCCAUUCCGAAUUUGAAAGUACGUGGCCAGCAUUGAAGUAUCUGAUGACAAAACUUACAGAUGAUACUCUGCACCAGAUAGAAGAGUUGGUCCAAAGAAAUGAUGAAAAGAGGGAAACCAUUAGAAGGCUUCAGUUAGAGGUGGAAACUUUGAAGCACGAGAACAAGGCCCUCCAGAUUUCGUCAAGGAACUCCAAUGCUGAUUCAGAAUGCAGCCAAUCGCAGAUGUCAAGACCAGGAAGAAAAUCUGUGAGCAAGCUCUUCAGAGGUUGCUCUCCAUGA